AUGAGCUUCGGCGGCAUGUUCGACGGCGCCGGCUCCGGCGUCUUCUCCUACGACGCCGGCGGGGGCGGUCCCGGCAUGCACAACCCCGGCCGCCUCCUCGCCCCGCCGCCCAUCCCCAGGCCCGGCGCCGGCGCAGGCGGCGGUGGCUUUGCCUCAUCCACCGGCCUCUCCCUCGGCCUGACGAACAUGGAGGGCGGAGGUCAGCUGGGUGGCGCUUUCAUGGGGAGCACGGGGAGCGGCGGCGACGGCGACUCGCUGGGCCGCGCGCGGGAGGACGAGAACGACAGCCGCUCCGGCAGCGACAACCUGGACGGCGCCUCCGCCGACGAGCUCGACCCGGACAACAGCAACCCGCGCAAGAAGAAGAAGCGCUACCACCGCCACACGCCGCAGCAAAUCCAAGAGCUCGAAGCCGUGUUCAAGGAGUGCCCUCACCCCGACGAGAAGCAGCGGAUGGAGCUCAGCCGGCGGCUCAACCUCGAGAGCCGCCAGGUCAAGUUCUGGUUCCAGAAUCGCCGCACGCAGAUGAAGACGCAGAUCGAGCGGCACGAGAACGCGCUGCUGCGGCAGGAGAACGACAAGCUGCGGACGGAGAACAUGACGAUCCGGGAGGCGAUGCGGAGCCCCACCUGCGGCAACUGCGGCGGCGCGGCCGUGCUCGGGGAGGUGUCGCUGGAGGAGCAGCACCUGCGCAUCGAGAACUCGCGCCUCAAGGACGAGCUGGACCGCGUCUGCGCGCUCGCCGGCAAGUUCCUCGGCCGCCCCGUCUCCGCCAUCUCCUCGCCGCUGAGCCUGCCGUCGUCCCUCUGCUCCGGCCUCGACCUCGCCGUCGGCAGCAACAACGGCUUCAUGGGAAUGGGAAUGCAGUCCAUCCCCGACCUCAUGGGCGGCGGCUCGGCGGCCAUGCGCCUGCCCGCUGGCAUCAUGGGCGGCGGCCUCGACGACGGCCUCGGCGGCGACGGCGGCGCCAUCGACCGCGGCGCGCUGCUGGAGCUCGGGCUCGCGGCAAUGGAGGAGCUGGUGAAGGUGACGCAGGUGGACGACCCGCUGUGGCAGCCCAGCCUGGAUAUUGGGCUGGAGACGCUCAACUUCGACGAGUACCGGCGCGCGUUCGCCCGCGUGCUCGGCCCCAGCCCCGCCGGCUACGUCUCCGACGCCACCCGCGAGGUCGGCAUCGCCAUCAUCAACAGCGUCGACCUCGUCAACAGCCUCAUGAACGAGGCUCGGUGGUCGGAGAUGUUCCCGUGCGUGGUGGCGAGGGCGAGCACGAUGGAGAUCAUCUCGAGCGGCAUGGGCGGCACCCGCAGCGGCUCAAUCCAACUGAUGCGCGCGGAGCUGCAGGUGCUGUCGCCGCUGGUACCGAUCAGGGAGGUGACGUUCCUGCGCUUCUGCAAGCAGCACGCCGACGGGCUGUGGGCCAUCGUGGACGUGUCGGUGGACGGCGUCCUCCGCCCCGACUCCGGCACCGGCGCCGGCCCGGCAGGGUACAUGGGCUGCCGCCUCCUCCCCUCCGGCUGCAUCGUCGAGGACAUGCAGAACGGCUACGCCAAGGUCACGUGGGUGGUUCACGCCGAGUACGACGAGGCGGCGGUGCACGAGCUGUACCGCCCGCUGCUCCGCUCCGGCCAGGCCCUGGGCGCGCGCCGCUGGCUCGCCUCGCUGCAGCGCCAGUGCGAGUACCACGCCAUCCUCUGCUCCAACCCGCACCCCAACCACGGCGACCGCCACGAGGCCAUCUCGCCGGCGGGCCGCCGGUGCAUGCUCAGGCUGGCGCAGCGGAUGGCCGACAACUUCUGCGCCGGCGUCUGCGCCACGGCCGCCCAGAAGUGGCGCCGCCUCGACGAGUGGCGCGUCGAGGGCGCUGGCGGACGGGACCCGGCCGGCGGGGAGGACAAGGUGCGCAUGAUGGCCAGGCAGAGCGUGGGCGCGCCUGGCGAGCCCCCCGGCGUCGUGCUCAGCGCUACCACUUCCGUGCGGCUCCCCGGCACGCUGCCGCAGCGCGUCUUCGACUACCUCCGCGACGAGCAGCGCCGCGGAGAGUGGGACAUCCUCGCCAACGGCGAGGCCAUGCAGGAGAUGGACCACAUCGCCAAGGGCCAGCACCACGGCAACGCCGUCUCCCUCCUCCGUCCAAACGCGACGAGCGGGAACCAGAACAACAUGCUCAUCCUGCAGGAGACGUGCACCGACGCGUCCGGCUCGCUGGUGGUGUACGCGCCGGUGGACGUGCAGUCCAUGCACGUCGUCAUGGGCGGCGGCGACUCGGCCUACGUCUCACUGCUGCCCUCCGGCUUCGCCAUCCUCCCCGACGGCCACACCACGCCGGCCACCGCGACUGACCCUUCUCCCCAGGGCUCGUCGCCCAAUGCUCAUGCCGGCAGCAGCAACAACAACCCCGGCUCGCUCGUCACCGUGGCCUUCCAGAUACUCGUCAACAACCUGCCGACGGCGAAGCUCACCGUGGAGUCGGUCGACACCGUCAGCAACCUGCUCUCCUGCACCAUCCAGAAGAUCAAGUCCGCUCUGCAGGCCAGCAUCAUCUCGCCUAGCUCGAUCAGGUCGUGUAAGAUCACAAAGCUAGAGGAGGAAGAAGAAGAUUUCAGACGAGUUUCGGAUCAUCAUAGCGGCUUCUUGGGAUACAAAUAA